CACCACAGCAGCAGCAGCAGCAGCAGCAGUAGGAACCUCCAGGAAAAUGGCUACGCUGGCUCGAACACUCCACUUAGUAAGCCGCGUCAGGCCCUCCACGGUGCUGUCCAUCGUGCCCCGAGCAGCUGCGGUGGGAUGCCUGCACACCACGAGCCUUCAGGAGCACAGAGCAGUGAGCAGAGUGGUGCAGCCAGCCGUAGAUAAGACCUCGUGGUGUAGCAGCAGUGUGCGUGACUACAGCAGCAAGCCGCCCCUCACCCUCGACCUCAUCCAGCAGAGAGUCCUGCUCGUCCUGAAGCUCUAUGACAAGAUUAACCCAGAAAAACUGUCAGUGGAGUCACACUUCAUGCAGGACCUUGGCUUGGAUUCCCUAGACCAUGUGGAGGUCAUCAUGGCCAUGGAGGACGAGUUUGGUUUUGAAAUCCCUGAUGCUGAUGCAGAGAAGCUCCUCCGACCAGCUGACAUCAUCCGGUACGUGGCCGACAAGGAGGACAUCUAUGACUGAGGUGCCUGCGGGGAUGCAAGGGAAGGGGACUCGAUUGGAGUGGGAACAGUGAGAGAAGUCACCUGCCAUAGAAAUCAUCUGCACUUAAAACACAAGCAGCUUUACCCUGUUAAGCUUCUUUGAGCUGAACCUGUGGAGGAACAACUGGGACCUUCAAGCAUCCCAGUGGAAAGUCUUGGGAUGUGCAAGUGUUGUAAAUAUUUAGUGACCAAAGGGAGGCCACGUGCACAUUGUGGGGAAGGUGCAGAUUUUCAUUAAAUUUACCACACUUUUGUGAUUUCCAGAGUCGGCAACAUUGAAAAUUUAUAGGGUGAUAAGUUGAGAUGUUUUGUUGAUCCAGGACCUCAGUUUUUUUUUUCUUAUGUAUAACUAUUUAAUAGUGUAAUGUGUACAGAUGCCUAAUAAAAGUUAAAUGUUG